AUGACAUAUAUCUUGGUGGCAGUAGAUUAUGUCUCCAAAUGGGUCGAGGCAAUUGCUUUGCCGAACAAUGAAGCAAUGAGUGUAACCGCUUUCUUGAAGAAGAACAUAUUUACGCGGUUUAUAACCCCAAGGGACAUCCAUAGUGAUGGUGGUUCUCACUUUUGCAACAAAGCUUUUGCCGGACUACUCGAAAAAUAUGCAAUUAAGCACAAGGUGGCCACCCCUUAUAAUCCUCAGUCGAGCGGUCAAGUUGAAGUUUCCAACCGGGAGAUCAAAAACAUCCUAGCAAAAAUUGUUAAUGCAAAUAGAACCGUCUGGUCAAAGAAGCUAGAUGAUGCAUUAUGGGCAUAUCGGACAACAUUUAAGACUCUCAUUGGCACCUCACCAUACUGGUUGGUUUUUAGUAAGGCGUGUCACCUGCUAGUGGAGCUUGAACACAAAGCUAUGUGGGCAUUGAAAAUGUUAAAUCUUGACUGGACCGAAGCUGUUAAUCUAAGGAUGACACAACUCAAUGAGAUGGAAGAAUUCCGUUUUCAUGCCUAUGAGAAUGCAUCCAUGUAUAAGGAAAGAAUGAAGUUUGUUCAUGACAAGAAGAUUUUGAAGCGAGAAUUCAAAUCCGGUGACUUGGUCUUACUCUUCAACUCAAGACUGAAGUUCUUUCAGGGAAAACUCAAAUCCAAAUGA